AAGCAAACGGAACCUCAGCACUAUCAAUAACUUUUCCAAUUUGACAACAGAGAACCAAGUUCCCAAGGCGAAGAAGCACUAAAAGAUGAAUAACAUGGCAAGCCCCAGAAUCCUUCCUUCCCAUCUUCACGCAUUCGCUCCGGGCACCGCCAAUGGUAACACUGUGCGCAUGCUGGGUCAAAUCACCACUGUGAGCGGAGACCAGGCAACCCUUACCUGCGGAUCCGAUGCGGUCACUAUACUUCUCUCAAGAGAGUCGCACGUUUCCGUCGGUUCAAUGUUCGAGAUCGUUGGCAAGGUCGUCAAUCUGGAUGGUGGGCAGGGGCUAGGCUUGCGGGUUCUGAAUGCCACAGAAUGGCCAAGGAAUGAACAUGGUCAACUGCCAGAUCUCAAGCUAUUCGAAGCUGCCGUGGAUGUAACUCAUCGGUACAAAAGCAUUUUCUACGGAGAGAGCGAAGGUGGCAUGGACAGUGGAUAUUGAGGAAUAUGAGAUUGGAAUAAUGCGAUAUGACCUUGCUAUGCUCCAUGGAGGGCUUGACGAGAACACUGGGCGUUUAUUCAAAGGCCGCAAAAGAAGAUUACACCAGGAUCUGGAGGUACGCGUAGUCAGUGUCGCACUGACAGGCAGGGCAUGGACGUUUUUGGUCACGGCUCCGCAAGAGCCUGAUGUGUACAACAGAAAGAUGCCUUGUAUAGGUGUUGGAAGCGAUUCUACUUCAUGUUGGAGAGUAUCGCUUCAUUUGGAAGGUACGAAGAAGUCACUGUGUGGCAGAGCAGAGCAGGGACGAAUUAUGAAUCUCAUGCCUUGUAGCUAUUAUCGAGGCGGCUCGCGACGCCAAUGCAUUGCGUCAAAGAAGGACAUCUGGC